UGUAUAUAUAAAUAUUUUCUAUGUAAUAUACUAUAGAUAUUAUGUCAUUCUUUUUACAAAAUUAUAAAUAUAUAUGAGUAAAGUGUUCCAAUUAACAUAUUUAUAUUCUUAAUAAACUUACGUGCACAUUUCAUACAAUAUAUAUCAAUAUGUUUUUUUACUAAGGUAAGGUAUAUGCACAAUGAAACAUACAUUUAAGCGAGUUUAGAAAUGGUGCAACAGAGGUUCAAAACGUGUAAGAAGCACGUUAUAUAAAAAGAUCAUCAUAAAAUUUAAGGUCAGUAGUGUCAUUAUUUGAAUGCUAUCCAAAACGAAAUCUAAUCGAGAAAGUAUCUCCUAAAAUUUAAAACCAAGAAGAAAGUAUAUUGGAAAAUAUUUUUACAAUCGUUUUGAAUUGAAAGAAGAGGUUAUGGCGAAACACUUGAUACAAAUAAUUGUAACGGGUACACAAGUCGUUCUCAAAGCAUUUGCAAGGGCAUUGCGACAAGAAAUUGCUGCUAGUCAAGCUGCUGCACGUAAAACGGGUGGUGGAACAAGAGGCGCUCAACAUGUAGCAGCUAAUUAUAAAACUGGAAUUUCUUUAGAAGAAGCACUACAAAUCUUGAAUGUUGAAAAAGUGAAUCAGAAAGAAGCUAUUGAACGCAAUUACAAAUAUCUUAUGGAAGUUAAUGACAGAUCAAAAGGUGGUUCUUUUUACAUUCAAUCAAAAGUUGUACGUGCUAAAGAACGAAUAGAUGAAGAAUUAAAAAAUAUGAAAGAUCAUCCGCCAAAAGCAAAUACCUCAGAAGGAACUUCUAAAUAACUAUAAUAAAUUCCUAUAUAGAAUUAAUUUAAUUAUAUUUCUAAACUCUGUAUAUAUGUAUCUAAAGACAUAUAUUUACCAUAACUAAAUAGAUGGCACGAAAUAUAAAAUCAAUAAGAUUGUCAGACCUGUUUUGUUAUUGGUUUAAGUAAUGAAAUAAAAGAAAUAAUUUUAUUUGAAAUAUA